GCUGCUCCAAAGGGUCUCUCCCGCGUCGUGUGAGAGUGAGAGAAGAGUUGAUGAGAUGAUAUCAUCCCAGAUCCGACUGGGUUGUGAUUUUCUCUACAAGAUGUUCGCUUGUUUGGAAACUUCCACCAACUCAGUUUCAAGUUGCAGUAUCGGAUGCUAAGGUUGUCCGAGAACCGACUCCAAGACUAACGAAGUGAGACAUUCUCCACACCAACCACCGAAGCGAUUGCAUCAGAGAUCGAUGCACCAAUAUAAUCCUCCCCAAUAGCGUAACGCUACAGCCUCACGAACCCGUAAAUAGUAUCUGAGCAUCCCAUUGCCACAUUUAUUUGGCUUUCGAAUAUAAAAGCCCUCCAAUUCUCCCAAAGUUCGACGAAAAUCAUCAAUCACAAGCUCAACCAUCACUCAAUCUACGAAACGAACGAAACAAACCACUCUCAAACCGCCACCAUGAAGUUCACUCUCGCCGCCGCUUCUACCUUCUUCACCGCUGCUCUCGCAGCCACUCUCCCCAAGUCUUUCACUCUUGUCGCUGACGGCGGCAACACUGUCCUCACUGACAACACCCACGCCAUCGUGGACUUUACCCAAGCCAACACUCUGAAGAUCCUGCGCCUGAACAGCCAGGACGGCGCCACCAUCACCUUCACCCAAGAAGGCGCUCCCCCCACUGCCUGGCAAAACCUCUUUGCCAUCGAGGGCAAGUCUGAGCCUCUUGGCCUGACCACCCCUCACUCCGGUGCCACCCCCACAGGCGCUGUGCUCAACGCCUGGGGCAUCACUGAAGACGGCUACCUCACUUUCCAGGGCCAGAAUUCCUUCGGUCUUUCCGCGGACAAAAAGCAGGUCUACUUCCUUGGAAAUGACUCCUCUAUCCCCAAGGUCACUCUCUGGGUUAAGAAUCUCAACUAGACUGGUGCGUUCUGUUUAGUUGGAGGCUUGGGGACUUGAUGACUUGAGGUCAUUCCUUCGCAUGUGGAUAUAGUCUAGGCUGGCAUUGGACAUAUGGACCAUAGUAAAUAAUAUGAACACUUCCAUGACAUCAUGUUUUUUCGCGUGUUUUGUAUAUUCAAUAGACAUUUGUCAAUGGGGUAAAACUGGACAAGGGUUGCAUGAAGAUGGUAAUGCAUUUGGAGAAUUGGGAGCGAUGUUCAAAAUAUGUGAAUGGUUACCUGGUUACGUACUAGAUGUUGUGGUGAAUGUGUUGGGGGUUUU